AUGGCUUUCAACUUCAACUGGUCGCCCUUAACGGCAGACGCGGAGUUCUACCAGAGGGCGAAAGAAAUGCUCACAACUGCUCUCAAUAAAUCACCCAAGCCUCCGAUCAUCGUCGACGACAUCUUAGUCAAUGAGUUGAACCUGGGCAGCGUGCCCCCCGAGUUGGAGAUAUUAGAAGUGGGAGAUUUGGCUGAGGAUAGGUUUCGAGGCAUUUUCAAGAUGUGCUAUUCAGGAGAUGCUUUCUUGACGCUCCAGACCCGGGUCCAAGCGAAUCCCCUCAAUACAUAUUUAUUCUCCAAACCCUCAUUUACAUCACCCCAGCCUUUGGCAGCGUCCUCUGGCUUGACAAUACCGUUGCAAAUUACCUUGUCGGAAAUCAAGUUGUCGGCAUUCAUCAUAUUAGUCUUCUCGAAGCAAAAGGGGUUGACCCUGGUAUUCAGAAAUGAUCCCCUCGAAUCGCUCAAGGUCUCAUCGACCUUCGACUCGAUCCCAUUCGUUCGGGAUUACCUACAAAAAGAGAUCGAGAUGCAGCUUCGGACCUUAAUGAUGGACGAAUUACCUGCGAUUAUACAUCGACUGUCUCUGAGAUUAUGGUGUCCUGAAUAUAUGGCCAAGGAAGAUGAAGAAAGAGCGCAAACGGAGGACUUGGACAAAGUUGAGGUUGUGGUGGAUCCAUUCGGUAGCCCGCCGCAAGACGCUGUGGAUGCGAGAGGGAAUGUGCUCCACGCCAGCGAGAUAUCGUCGUUAUCCCUGGAUGGUAGUUCGGAGAUCACUUCCCUGUUUUCUCAAAAGAAUCUGCUUCGACUGGCAGCGCUAAACGACUCACACCGGACUCUGUCUCUAUUCACACCUUCGAUCCGAGAUACGGUCUUCAGAGCUUGGGCUGGGCCAUUCGAAAGAGGAGACUCGGCAGGUACCUCAACCCCGGUAACGCCCAGUCUGGUGAGGUCGCAAUCCUCGAUAUGCACCACUAGCACGACCUACACAUUUAAUAAGGGUUCUGAUGAUGGUCAUGGACACAUGCCCUCCCGGCCGUCGCUCGUCAGCUUGAAUUCAGCAACCACUGGACUCGGCCUAGGGGCAGGUCGACAUUCGCGAUCACACUUACGCAAGAAGAAGAACCGAGUUGUCAACUUGCGAAAGUCGAAGACCACAGACGAUAUAACUAGCGAGAGUGGUGAGAGCGAGGGUUCUAUGACUCCAGCUUCAGAACCGGCGAUUCCCACUCGUAUUCCUGAAGAACCGGAAGAUAACAUCAUCACACCGCCUAGAUCUCCAUCUGGGAGAGUUCGUUUCCGGACUACCAGCAUUGACCUUGGAGACUCUCCUCGGAAACUUCGUCUUCCCACGGCCGCUCGACCAGCCUUGGCCUCUCAGCGGGUGCCCGAACAAGCAAUCUUGGACCCAACCUCAACAGCGGAGAAGUCGCAGCCAACAGCGCCGAUUUUCUCCCAGGAUAAGCUGCCUUCAUACAACAACCGCUCUGCCCAAUUCCCAGCAGAGAAAAAUGCCAUGUCGUCGACGAACCGGACCCCAUAUCUCGAGCCCGCCCCUAUGCUCUCGGAUUCCACUCCGCCAGGGAUUCUCGAGCAAGCCUGGGUACUCAAAAUGGCCGGUGAGAUGGCCCGACGAGCGCAUGAUCAGAAAGUGGUCAAUCAGGGAUUCUGGGCUUCGCAACCAAGGGAUGAGAGAGAAGACAGCCCACCUCCUGCCUAUGAACCUAAUGUGUUGUAA